AGCAUCAUUGUUAUUGUUAUAAAAUCUGCAUAAAACCCAUUGUGGCGCUUCUAAUGCUUGUGUCGAAUCUGCGCAUGCGCGUAGCAAGCUGCGUCCUCCUGUUUGUUUUGGUUGCUGCACUGCUGCUGCAAAGAAUGGCGAUCCCUAUAGCGAUCCUGGACUGUGAUCUACUCCUACACGGUCGAGGCCAUAAGACCCUGGACCGCUUUGACCUGGACUCUGUCUCAGACCACUUCCUCCUCACGCAGUUCGGCUUCCCCAGAGAGUUCAUCCUGUAUCUUGUAGAGUUACUCCGAGAGGCUCUCUGUAGACGCACCCAGCGGUCCAGAGCCAUCAGUCCCGAGGUCCAGGUGUUGGCCGCUUUGGGUUUCUACACAUCUGGCUCGUUCCAGACAUCCAUGGGAGAUACUAUCGGGAUCAGCCAGGCGUCCAUGUCGAGAUGUGUGUCCAACGUGACCAGAGCCCUGGUGGAGAAAGCUUCCCAGUUCAUCACGUUCAACAUAGAUCCGUCCAGCAGAGAGCAGUCCUUCCAGGAGUUUCAGAGGGUGGCAGGAUUCCCAGGAGUUCUGGGGGUGCUGGACUGUGUUCAGGUCACCAUCAAAGCUCCGAACAGCGAGGACUCGUCGUACGUGAACAAGAAGGGCUUUCACUCUGUGGGCUGUCAGCUGGUGUGUAACGCCAGAGGCUUGUUACUGAGUGCAGAGACACACUGGCCGGGCGGACUCAAAGACACGGAUGUUCUAGAGAGAUCCGCUCUCCACAAACAGCUGCAGGACACGGAGGAGGGCUGGCUGCUGGGCGACAGUCGCUACCCUCUGAGGAAGUGGUUGAUGACGCCGGUCGACUGCCCCGAAUCCCCGGCGGAGUUUCGGUACAAUCUGGCCCACGCUGCUACACAUGAGAUCGUGGACAGGACCUUCAGAGCCAUCCAGACCAGAUUCAGAUGUUUGGAUGGAGCCAAAGGAUACCUACAGUAUUCUCCAGAGAGGAGUUCGUCCAUCCUGCUGGCCUGCUGCGUUCUCCACAACGCCUCCCUGCAGUCCGGAUUAGACGCGUGGACCCUGGAGAGGACGGACCCUCUGGAGCAGCCCGAGAGCCUGGAACAGAAACCUGAGGACCGCGACAGCCAAGCGGAGGAGCUCCGAACCCAGCUCAUCGUCAAACACUUCAGCUGAACAAACCAAAUCAAGCGCACAGACGCGGUGUUGCUGAUGCAGUUUUUUAAUAUUUUGCUGGUUUCUACUCUACUGACUACACUAAGAUAACAUGGUUAUAUAUAUGGAGGAACAUGCAAGACGCUAUACAACAAACCAAGACAACGUUACACCCAAACACAUUCCAAAUAAGUGUUUGAUUAAUCUCCACAUAUUCAUAACCAAGUAUUCAAACUGUGUGCGGCUGCUGUUAUCGAGGUUUCUUUACAAGUUUUUAUUCCCUCCCCACUUUACAUCUUUCUCCCCCCCC